UGCCAUUUGGCUCUAUUUGGACACUGUUGCACUCUGUGAUUUGGGGAUAACAAUAACAAUUCUCAUACACCUCUGAACUUUUGCUUACGACUCUAUGAGACCUUUGGAUUUGCACGCUGGAUCACUAAAAGGAUAACUGACGCAAUAACAGAGGACAACGUCUGUCCCCAUAAAAGAAAGAGUGACCAGGCUUCGCACAUAGGUCAAUGAUGGUUCAUGGGAAGUGUGAGCUCAUCGCUCUGUGCCUGGGCAUCAUCGGUCUGAUUGGCACGGCCACGAUCACAGGCCUUCCCAUGUGGAAAGUGACAGCUUUCAUUGGCGAGAACAUCAUCGUCAUGGAGACACGCUGGGAGGGCUUGUGGAUGACCUGCUUCAGGCAGGCGAGCAUUCACAUGCAGUGUAAAGUUUACGACUCUUUGCUCUUCCUCCCACCAGACUUACAAGCGGCACGUGGGCUGACAUGUUGUGCUCUUGCUCUAUCUAGUCUGGGCCUCCUGGUGUCCAUCACGGGCCUUCGUAGCACGGCGUGUCUCAAAGAUCAACCGCGCCUCAAAAACAUUAUCGUGAUGGUCGCGGGGGCGAUGCAGAUCUUGGCUUGUAUUUGCGUUAUCAUCCCGGUCUCUUGGACUGCCCACACCAUCAUCAGAGACUUCUAUAACCCAUUACUGAUUGACGCCCAGCGUAGGGAACUAGGAGAGGCACUCUAUAUUGGCUGGAUUACCAGUGCCCUCCUUCUGGCAUCUGGAGUCAUAUUUCUCUGCCGUCGUGUUGGUCCGCAGUCAGGCUCGUUUUACAUGUAUCCGCCCAGUCAUCCAGGCAAUAAACCUACUCUAAACCGCUUCCAUCCUGUCUCCAGCACCUGUAGUUCUACUGGACAACAGCCCUUGCUCCAGAACAACAGUCUUUCCCCUUCUGUAUGUAGCUUUGCCAUUACGCCAUCUGUUGGUCAACGUUCAUCCUACACCAGGCAGCAAAUGAUAACACGACCUUUAGUGUACAACCAGAACAUGUUACCACUUCAUAACCCACACACAUACGGCUCAAAUAUAAUGCAAAUGCAUGUACCCAGAAAUACUCAGUAUCCCAGUCAGCUUUCCACACAUUUCAGAGGAAGCAACAGCAGCAAUCUGUACGCCUCCUAUACUUCUGGCUCAGCAUUUCAACCUUUACCUCAGAAUCCACUCUUCAUAGGGUACAACUUUUCCAAGGUUCAGUCGUACAGCUCAGACAGUAGCUCUGGACUGCGUAUUUAAUAACAUAUUUUACAUAUAAAAAAAUAAAUAAAAAAAUCCUUAAAAUUAAAUCGUUAUGACAGUUUUUAACAACAUAAACUAAAAUAUAUGCAGUGUCCAAAACUCUGAGACCAUUAUUGAAAAUGCUUCUAUUUUGCAUUAUAUUCUAAUUAAAUACAAAUUUUAUUCAUCACAAGUUAAAAAAACAAAAAACAAAAAAACCUCAUGUUUAACUGAAAACUGAAAUCAAUUUGAAAAUGUCUUCCCCCUUUUGCUUUAAAACCUGAUAAUACGUUAUUUGAUUUUUUGUGUGUAUUGUGUGUAGCACUGAAAUCACAUGGUCAGGGUCACAAAUUUGAAAGCUAAACUUUGUGCAGAACCUUAAUUAUUUCUUCAUAUUUUUUACAUUUUUUGUACUUUGAAAUGGAUUCUGAGAGCUGAUGGUUAUUUUGUGAGAACAUUGAUGACCAAUUUGAAAUUAUUAGCUCAGUGCAAAGAUUUUGACUGAUUGUUUGUUAUGCCAACUGAAAUUUAGCCCCCAUAAACAACCUUUGUUUCACAACGGGGCAUGAGAACAGCAAACAUAUGAGCAUAUCAAACCAGUUAAGAAGUGGUUUGUUAUUCUCUGUGAUUAAAUAAAAAGCACUGAGUUUGACCUGGAGCUAAAAAAAUGAAAAUAUUUGAAGAUAUCAUAAUUUUAAUAUCCCAUGCUGUUAAUAUUAGUAAACAGGGGACAGUAAAUGUACUAAAUAUUCACUGAUGAUUAACCAGUAGAUGACGUUACACAUAUUUAUUAGCCUACCCGUACAAAUGGGUUGUUAAUCUGCAUUUUCUUCCGUUUUAGUUGGCUUUUUGUAAGCAGAAACUUAUUUUUAAAUAUUUAAUAAAAAAUUAAUCCUUUGUUUGUUAUAAAGAAUUGAGAAAACCAAUCAAAAAAUGUUACGCAAUUCGUUUUAUGUUAUGUAAUAUUAUGUAAUGUGGUCUAUUAUAGUUCCUUGGUUUGGUAAUGUAAUCGAGCUCUGAGGAAGGUCACCUGUGACCGAAACGUUUGCUAUUUUGCAGUGAAACUGAAACACAUCUCACAGAUAGUGGUGUAUGUCAUCUUUUUUUUUUUAAAUAAUGGUCUGUGGGCUUUUUGUUUUUAGAUUUUAUGCGGUGACAGUAGACUUAUUCCAAACAUCAACAGUUUUAACACCUCUCCAGUCUAAAAUACCUUCUAACGGGCCGUUCACACCGAAAGCGUUUUUGCGUAUGCAGUGUAAACCCUAAUAUUGUAAUUUCUGGAAAAAUCAUGUUGUCUUAAUUAAACAUUAUUUAAAAUGUCAAGUUUUGGGCUCAUAACUCAAAUAUCUAAGUACCUUGUAUUAUUUGUUCUUAAAAAUCCAUAGACUUAAGAUUUUAAGUGUCAAUAACUUAACCUAUUGAGUACAAAACUGAUGCUAUGGGGAAUACCGACAAUGUCUUGCACUUGAAUUAUUUAAUUAUGUUUCCUUGGUCAAAGGAAACAUAUGGGAACAAGGGCAUAGCCAGGAAAUUACUUUUGGGUGGGCCUCAAUAAAAAUAGAUCGGCCAAGUUUUCGCCUCAAUUUUUUAUUUAUUUUUUACUAAAUGUUCCUUAACAACAGAGAAGAGGUGCAUUCAAACAGUUCUUUCACACUUUCAGAAAUUAGAAUUUAUGCAUUUUAAAAAACUGUUACUAUAUAUAUAUAUAUAUAUAUAUAUAUAAUUGAAUUUAAAGAAUCUCUAACAUUUUGGCAUAACCAAAGGUGGGCCGGGGUGGGCCCAGCCCACCUUUGGCUACGCCACUGUA